AUGUAUAGAGUCAUAUUUUAUGUUGCUACCUUUGUUCUUAUAUUAAACUUCGUUUUAAGGAUCCCUCAAAUAUGCUCAUGCAUCCCCAUAACAAAUGACUACGUUUCUGAAUUAUUCGAUAUGGAUCUUUUCGAUAAUAAAGAAAGAACUAAAAUAAAAAAUGAAAUAUAUGAUAUGAUUAACGAAACGCAUAAGACAUAUGCUUGUUGUAAAACAUGCAUAAAAAUAAUACAACUCUUAUAUCAAAUAAUAAAACAAGAAAAAAAAAAAGAAAAAUAUAUCGAUAUUAUAAUAGAAGAUAUAUUAGAAAUUAAUUUAUGUAACCCAUAUUUAUGGAAUAAACAUUUCUAUUAUAAUAUAGCAUUAUAUACAGAAUACUUUUUAGAUAAUUGUAAAUAUACAUUAAAUAUAAUUAAAGAUAAUAUAGAAAAAUAUAUUUAUAAAUCAUAUAAUAACCAAAAUGAUUUAUACAUAUAUAUAUGUCUUCCUAUAAAUCCAAUAUGUAAAACAGCUAUUAUGGAACAACAAAAAGAUUUAAAUCACAAUAUAAAUAUUCAAACGGUUUUUUUUAUGUACUCUCAGUAUUUGGUAUCAAGUGAAAAUUUUAUAAUUACUACAAAAGGAUUGCCUUACAAAAUAAUCGAAAAUAAAAUAAGCAAAGAAAUAAAAAUAAAACAAAAUAGUUAUGUCAUUAUACAAUCACAAAUAAAGGUUAUACAUUCAAAGGUACUACAGGAUGAUUUUUCAUAUGGAAAAUAUAGACUUAUAAAAAUAAGCAAGUUGGAAGAAAAAAUCCAAGAAUUAUUUUUAAAAAUGAGGGAAGGAUAUUUAUUCGUCUUCUUUUUUUAUACAAAAUAUCAUCACGAAGGAGUUAUUUUACCCAGCAAUUCCAUUCUAGACGUUAAAAUUAAAAUUCAUCAAGUAAAAGAUCACAUAAAAGAUAUCCAUAUAGAAAAAAGAAAAAAAGAAUUAAUUAAUGAUAUAGAUGGAUUUUUAUUGUACUCUUAA